CCAGGAAUAUAGGCUGUUACUACAUAAGUUUAAAUGCAGAAAAAGGACCCAGUUGGGUGAUGGUGUGUUGUUGAUAGAGGAAUCCUCCCAAAUACCUGUGUCUAAGGCAAGAUCUUUUUUUAUUGUUGUUCAGUUACAGUUGUCCCCAUUUCUCCCCUGCCUUGUUACUCUUCCCUGCCCUACCCACCCACCAUCCCACAUUCAAUCCCUCCCUUCUGCCUCCCCCACCCCCACCAUUGUCUUUGUCCUUGGGUCAUUUUUACAUGUUCUUUGAUUUGACUCUUCCCUAAGGCAAGAUAUUUAAAAAAAAGAGAUAAUUAAUUCCUGGGAGGGCCAAGCCUUAGAUAAAAAGAUAGGUCCUUUAAUGCAGUCAGCAUCCUAUCUGUGUGUUAAAAAAGAAGGUGCUUUCUUCUUUUAAAAGCAGAAUAAGAAGGGUUGGUUAUUAGGUGAUAGAAAUAUUUGUGUCUCUUGUCUGUGACUAUAAAGCUAGGUGCUGAAGAUCCGAAGUUCCCCUUAGUACCUGAGGACUUAGGGUUUCAAAUUCAACAUCUCAUUUUUUCCUUUGACUUGAAUUUUUAAGGCAUUUGUGCUUUAAAAAUGCUUGAUGAAUCCAUUUGGAUAAAUUUGUGUCCUUUUUGUAUUGUUUGCUUCCUGUAAUAUUGUCCAGUCAGUAGGGGCUUGAAAAUAUCCAUUACGUAGCAUUAUGUUUGCAUAGCUACAUCUGUAGUUAUUUCUUAUUUCUAAAUACAUUGGGCAUUCUCUUAGACUACCGAGGCAACCAUGGUAAAGCAUUUCUUCCUGGAGUUUUUAUCACACAUACGAUAUCGAUGGAGAAUAAAAGGAAUGUGACUGAAUUCAUUUUAAUAGGUCUUACACAGAACCCCCAAAUGCAGAAAGUAGUGUUUCUGUUAUUUUUGGUUGUAUACCUGGUAACACUCUCAGGCAACCUGCUCAUUGUGGUUACCAUUACUACCAGCCAGACUCUGAACUCUCCCAUGUACUUCUUCCUGACCCACCUUUCCUGGAUAGACAUAAUCUCUUCUUCUUCUUCAGCUCCUAAGAUGAUCAUGGACUCCCUUCAUGAGAAGAAGGUAAUCUCUUUCAAUGGUUGUAUGGCUCAGGUCUAUGCAGAACACAUUUUUGGUGGUACUGAGAUCAUUCUGCUGACAGUGAUGGCCUAUGACCGCUUUGUUGCCAUUUGCAAACCUCUUCACUAUGCCACCAUCAUGAGCCACAGGCUGUGUGGUCUCCUGUUGGGAGUGUCCUGGGCUGGAGGAUUUCUCCAUUCGACCAUUCAGAUCCUCUUCACAGUAUGGCUGCCCUUCUGUGGCCCCAAUAUAAUUGAUCAUUUCAUGUGUGACCUCUACCCUUUGUUGAAACUCGUCUGCAUGGACACUCGCUCUCUUGGUCUCUUUGUUGCUGCCAACAGUGGGUUCAUCAGCUUAUUAAACUUCCUCCUUUUGAUGGUGUCCUAUGUGGUGAUCUUGCAUUCCCUAAAGAACUAUAGCUUGCAGGGGAGGCGCAAAGCCCUCUCCACCUGUGUCUCUCACAUCACUGUGGUCAUCUUACUUUUUGUGCCCUGCAUAUUUGUGUACUUGCGUCCAGUAACCACCCUGCCUGUUGAUAAACAUGUUGCUGUCUUUUAUACGAUGGUGGGCCCUAUGUUAAAUCCCUUAAUCUAUACCCUCAGAAAUGCUGAGGUAAAAAAUGCUAUGAGGAAGCUCUGGAGGUUAAAGGUGACUUCAGAAAAAGAUUAAAUAUAAUCAUUGAAUAUUAUAAAUAGAAGUAUUAGAGGGAAUCCAGUCAAGCCUCUUAGAUGUAUGGACAAAGCCAUUGACUCAAAGAGGAAGUUGGGUAGUACUUGGAGACAGCCAUUUAAGCACAGAGCCAAAAAUUAGAUUGGAAUCCAGAGUUACUGUCUCCCAACUGUCUCUCAUCACCAUAAUGUACUGCUUCUUAACAAAUAAAUAAUGAUAUAUUACCUGGAACUUUGAAGUAUCUUUAGAAGCUAAAAGAUAUGGAUCUAGAUUACUGGAUUGGUGUUAACAUAAUCUUAUUAUAUACCCUUGAGAUGUUG